GUUCCCUAGGCAAACUCUCAUGCUGAUGACCGUGAUGACAAAAGCAAUCCUUCUUUUUCUCAUGCAAAAACCAAACAAAUAGCACCUUCGUAUUCACGAAUAGUUUUAGAAAUAUGCAGCUGCGAUAUGUUUUAUGCUCGGUGCUAGUGAAUGCUGAAAGAUUGAAGCGAAUCGCAGUAGUUAAAUAUUUGUUGCAGCAAUCAAAUUUGACUCAUAUACUUGGAAUUGAUGGAGUGAUGAAACACGCGUUAAACAUUGAACCACGAGCACUGGAACACGCAAGUUAUCAACAGUGUAAGAAUAUGUAUUUGUAUAAUACAAGUAAAUCUGAAAAUGAUAAUGUAUCUGUCAUACCAAACCAAUCAGAUACUAGUCCAAGUAAUAAAAUCAAUCGUUUCAUGAGAAAAACUCAUGUUGAAACUCUUACUAUUUUGAAUCCUACUUCUAAAAGGACAGCACAAAUGUAUGAUCACGGUCGAAUGCUAGAAUACUUAAAGUUGUCAAAGAACAGUCCAAUGUUUGGAUAUCUCAAGCAGCUAAUUACAUCACGCAAGAAACGGCAACUUGACCAGAAAUUGGUAGUAGAAGGCAGUCGUCUAAUUCUAGAUGCGUUGAAUGCGGGACUAAUUCUUGAAUGUUUGUUAUUUAAAGAAGCCAAUCAGCUAGAUUGUUUCGACAACCUCAGCAAAACAGUUAAACUUAUUCAAUUAAAUAGUCACAUACUGCAACAAUGGUCGAAUUUGGUUACCUGCCCUGGAAUCAUAGGUAUAUUCUACAAACCAAAGAAUAUGAAUGAUUUAAUCAGUAAAAAUAAAACUGCAACAUCGCUUCCAAUUACUGUUCUUUGUGAAAACAUUCGUGAACCUAAUAACUUAGGAAGCAUAAUAAGAAGUUGCGGGGCCAUACCAGUAUACAACAUAGUGUUGCUUAAGGGGUGCACUCAUCCAUGGGAACCAAAGUGUUUGAGAGGGAGUGCUGGGGCACACUUCCGAACUCAGAUCAGUGGACCAAUAGCGAUGACUGAUAUAGUGAAGCAUGUUCCUCCAAAUUCUCAUUUUCUAAUAGCUGACAACGCUCGAGAUGGACGAGGCGAUGAACUUGUCGUUAGAAGAUACGAUCUCAUCAAUUAUUGCAUAAUGGAGCACAUAGUUCUAGUUGUUGGAGGAGAAACACAUGGUGUUAGUAGCGAUUUACGAAGAUUUGCUCAAAAACUCACUAACAAUACGGGGAAUUUUCACAACAAUCUUUCCAUCCAUAUACCUUUAGCAAACGGCAUUGAAAGCCUGAAUGUAGCCUCUGCGAUUUCAGUAAUACUUUGUGAAAUUCGUAGACAAUUAACAAGUUGAUGCAUGAUUCAAAACGCAAAACAAAUAUUGUCAGUUAAGGAGUAAAGUCAAUUCUAAUUACCAAGAGCCAAAUUUGAAAACAUACAAAAAUAAAACUCAUCACCAUUAUGCAUAUCAAUAUUUAUAUAUUCUUUCA